UUCAUCGAAAUCGACUUCUUCUUCAUCUCCUUCCGUCGCCUCAUUCCAAAAAGGAUCUGAUACGGUGGUUACCGGAGGCUCGCCGCUUUACCGACCUAUCUCCUCGCUGCUUCUCCUAUAUACUUGGGUGGAAGACAAGUAUAGAUUGAGGAAGGAAGUCCAAAUCCAGAGCAAGAUAUGGGUGAUUCUUUCCCUAUAGAUAUAAAGCUUCCUGAACUUUGUUUCAACAUUGGAGAGGAACCAAGAUCAGAUGUGAAGAUAAACCAGUUUCCAAACUACGAUGCUGUCAUACAAGUAAAAAGCAUCCUCUCAGUUGCGGAGUAUGAGAGGAUCAAGAAUUCGUUCCUGGGACCUAUUUUGAAGGUUAUCAACAGAGGACUGAUGAUGUCUGGGAAGAUGGUGCACUAUUUUCUGAGCAGGAGUUUAAAGGUAUCAAAGGAUAAUGAACUAUGGAUGCAUUUUGGAGGACAACCAAUGAGAUUCUCAAUAAGAGAAUUUCAUAUGGUCACUGGAUUGAAAUGCACUGAAUGGGGAGCUAAUGAAGAUCAACGGCAGAAUCGCUAUGACUGGGCUAACACUGAAGAUGCUCACACAUAUGAAGAUCUUUUGGAUAUUCUACAAGAAACUAAUCCAGAGGCAUCAGAUGAAAGAUUCUCUCUUGCGAUGGUGAUCCUUAUCGAAUGCAUCUUCUUUCAGAGGUACAAAGGUAACAAGCUUCCUGCAAAAAACCUUAAGAGAGCUCAGCAUCUGGAUGUCUUGGCUAAUUAUCUGUGGGGGAAAGAUGCUUAUAAUAUUCUGAUUAAGUCAGUAAAGAAGAAUGUCAAAUUAAAUCUGAUGAAGCAUAAAUAUGACUUACAUGGAUAUCCGUUGGCACUGCACUUGUGGAUUCUAGAGUCUGUUCCUAUGUUAAAGUCAUCUUUCAGCACAUUGAGUGUAAUUGAGCGACCAUCAGCAUAUCUCUGUGAAAAAAACACACCGCCAAUCAAGGUUAAAUCUCAUAUUGGGGGAAGAAGACAAACCUUAAUUAGCACGAUUCACCCGCCGGACAAGCAUCGGGUGACAGAGAAAGAUCGCUUUGGGAGAGAAGAUCGAACCGCCGGACAAGCUUCGGGACAGAAGAUCGGACCGGCUUCGGAUGCGACAGAAGAUCGGCUUCGUUAA